CGGAAGGAAGUGCCGCAGUGUUUGGGUUUUGCAGCUGCAGAAUCACCAGACCUGAAAACAAAUUCAACAUUUAACUUCGACUUUUUCAUUCGUUUUGUUUUUUCUCUUCAGCGCAGCGUCGGAGCCCAAACAUGAACGUGACGCUCGCCGUGAAACAGUACGUCUCCAAAAUGAUCGAGACCAGCGGCUCCGGGAUGAAAGUUCUGCUCAUGGACCGAGAGACGACGAGUGUGGUGAGUGUGGUUUACUCUCAGUCUGAGAUCCUGCAGAAGGAGGUUUAUCUGUUCGAGAGGAUCGAGUCCCAAAACAGAGAACCCAUGAAACACCUGAAGGCCCUGUGCUUCCUGCGCCCCACCAAGGAGAACGUGGAGCUGUUGGUUCAGGAGCUCAGGAAACCAAAGUACAGCGUCUACUUCAUCUUUUUCAGUAAUGUGAUCAGUAAGAGUGAGAUCAAGGCGUUGGCUGAGGCGGACGAGCAGGAGGUGGUGGCCGAGGUCCAGGAGUUUUAUGGGGACUUCAUCGCACUGAACCCUCACCUGUUCUCCCUCAACCUGGUGGGCGUGUCCCGGGGGCGGAGUUGGGAGGCGUCGAUGCUCCAGCGCUGCACUCAGGGCCUCACCGCCGUCCUCCUGUCACUCAAAAAGUGUCCCAUGAUCAGAUACCAGCUCUCGUCCGACCUGGCCAAGAGGCUGGCCGAGAACGUCAAGCAAAUCAUCACUAAAGAGUACGAGCUGUUUGACUUCAGAAAGACCGAGGUCCCCCCCCUGCUCCUGAUCCUCGACAGGAGCGACGACGCCAUCACCCCCCUGCUCAACCAGUGGACGUACCAGGCGAUGGUUCACGAGUUGUUGGGUUUGAAUAAUAAUCGAAUCGACUUGUCUCGAGUUCCUGGCGUCAGUAAAGACCUGAAGGAGGUGGUUCUGUGCGCCGACAACGACGAGUUCUACGCCAACAACUUGUACUUGAACUUCGGGGAAAUCGGGACAAACAUCAAAAACCUGAUGGAGGAUUUUCAGAAGAAACGUCCCAAAGGACAACAGAAGCUGGAGUCCAUCUCCGACAUGAAGGCGUUUGUGGAGACGUAUCCUCAGUUUAAGAAAAUGUCUGGGACGGUUUCCAAACACGUGACGGUGGUGGGGGAACUGUCCAGGCUCGUGUCCGAGAGGCUCCUGAUGGAAGUGUCCGAGGUGGAGCAGGAGCUGGCGUGUCAGAGCGACCACGGCAACGCCGCGCAGGUAAAGACCCGACCAAAACACGACCAAAACACGACUAAAACACGACUAAAACACGACCAAAACACGACCAAAACACGACCAAAACACGACCAAAACACGACCAAAACACGACCAAGACCAACACACGACGACCAAAACACGACCAAAACACGACCAAAACACGAUCAGAUGGUUUCUCGUGUGGUGGAGUUCGGCGGGAAACGUGUCAGAGGAAGUGACCUCAUCACCGCCACAGACGCCGUCGCCAUCACCAAACAGUUCUUCAAAGGACUCAAGGGGGUGGAGAACGUUUACACGCAGCAUCAGCCGCUGCUCCAGGACACACUGGACCAACUGAUCAAAGGACGACUCAAAGACGCUCAGUUCCCCUACCUGGGCCCCAGCAGCCUCCGAGACAGGCCUCAGGACAUCGUGGUUUUCAUGGUUGGAGGAGCGACGUAUGAAGAAGCUCUGAGCGUUUACAACCUGAACAGAACCUGUCCAGGCGUCCGGCUGGUGCUGGGAGGAACCCACGUCCACAACACCAAGAGUUUCUUUGAGGAAGUGAUGUCAGCGACGGGUCAAAGUUCAGAGCGCUCACACGGCGGGAGUCGCCACGGCAACAGACGCUAACGAGCUCUGGACCAAUCAGGACGCAGACACAUUCCCCCAGUUUAUUUAUGUCGUUUGUCAAAUUAAGAUUUGUGUUUGAAGCAAAACGUGUAAAAACUGUGAAGAAUAAAAUAAUUUAAACCACA